AUGUCCGACUUGGAAGACGAGACCGUCCUCAACAACGACGGCGGUGACGACCACGACGAAACCGAAGAGCUCGAAGAGCGCCCAAGGAAACAUUCGAAGAGACGAGACGAGGAGGAAGAGGAGGAUGAUGAUGAUGAAGAGGAUGAGGACGAUGAGGAGGAAGAGGAGGAUGAGGGUGUAGAGCGUGGCAAGAAGCGCUCAAAACAUCGACACCACAAACGCCCCGCUGUUAAUCGUUUCCUUGACGUUGAAGCCGAGGUAGACGAAGAUGAAGAUGAAGAGGAGGACGAAGACGAGUAUGCGCGAGACGAGUUCAUUGCGGACACUGGGGUGGAGGGCGAAGACGACUAUGACGCGCAUAAAAACAGAACGGAGCAUGCUCGCUACGACAGACGCGUCCGCGAGAUGGACGACCGCGAACUGGAGCAGGUAGCAGAGGAUAUCAGUCUACGCUACAGACGCACUGCAGUGCGGUAUACUGGCGAGAUGAGCGACGUUCCCCAACGGCUCCUCAUGCCGUCCGUACACGACGCGAAUUUGUGGCAAAUCCGAGUCAGGCCCGGCAAGGAGAGAGACAUCGUGUUCAGUCUUAUGCGGAAGGCGGUCGACCUGGAAUACUCGAACCACCCCCUACAGAUUCUUUCUGCCUUCCAGCGCGACUCUCUCCAAGGCAUGAUAUACGUCGAAGCCCGCAGCGCAAAACAAGUCAGCGAGGCCAUUAAUGGCCUUGUUGGCGUGUUCCCCAGUCGAGGAAUCAAUCUUGUUCCCAUCGAAGAAAUGGCCAGUCUCCUGCAGAUCAAGCAGCAAGAACUCACCGUCACUCCGGGCACCUGGGUGCGCAUCAAGCGCGGCAAGUAUCAGGGAGACCUCGCACAAGUCAUGGAUAUCACCGAGAAUGGCGAGGAAGUCGGACUCAAGUUCAUCCCUCGUAUCGACCUGAACCCCAAAGACGACGCUGCUAUCGACGGCAAGAAACGGAAGAAGGCAGGCGCGGGCCUCUCGUCUUUCAACAUGCGUCCGCCACAGCGCUUCUUCAACUACGAGGAGGUCGUGAAGGUGUACGGUCGCAAGGGUGUCGCGAAACGGAAUCAGGUCUACGUGUUCCAGAACGACACGUACAAAGACGGGUUCAUCGAGAAGGACUUCCGUCUGGCGGCGCUGCAGCUCGACGACGUCAACCCUACUCUGGACGAGAUCACGCGCUUCACGCGGGGGCAAGAUGGCACGGAGAAUGAGUCCAAUGUCGACCUGUCGAUCAUCGCGGAGGCGUCUCGCAAGGCCGCCAUUUCGGUGUUGCAGCCCGGAGAUCACGUAGAGGUGUUCGAGGGAGAGCAGUCUGGAGUACACGGUACCGUGCACAGCAUCGAGGGCGACGUCGUCACCAUCGAGCCAGUCGGCGUGGACUUUGACGGUCAGCGGAUACAACUCCCCGCCCGGAGCGUACGGAAACGCUUCAAGCCUGGAGACCACGUCAAGGUCAUGACGGGCAAGAACGCUGACGAGACCGGUCUGGUCGUGUCAGUCAUCGACAACGUCGUUACAUUCCUGUCCGACAUGACCAUGCAGGAGGUAUCAGUAUUCUCCAAAGAUCUGCGAGAAGCGGCCGAAGUUGGGACUGGUACCAACAUCGUAGGCAACUACGAGCUGCACGACCUGGUACAGAUCGAUCAACAAACCGUCGGCGUCAUCUUCAAGACCGAACGCGAUUCCUUCCGAGUAUUGGACCAGAAUGGGCAGGUUCGCCUAGUGCAGCCCCAUCAAAUCACGAUGCGGCGCGACUCGAACCGCGCAAUCGCCACCGACUCAGAAGGGCACGAGCUGCGAGUCGGCGACAAUGUGAAGGAAGUUGACGGCGAGAAUCGCAAAGGCAGAGUGCUGCAUACUCACCAGUCCUUCUUCGCAUUCUUGCACAAUCGCGACUACUCCGAGAACGGCGGUGUCUUCGUGACAAGGGCUCGGUCACUUGCGUCGUUGGCGCCCAAGGGUAACAUCUUGAAGCUCGGCAACACUGACCUUUCGAAAAUGAACCCAGCACUGAGCGGUGGCGCUGGCGGGAUGGUCGGCUCCGGCAACAUCGGUCGCGGUCCCCGGGACAGGCUCAUUGGUGUCUCAGUAACAGUCAUCAAAGGCCCUAGCAAGGGCUACGUCGGGACUAUCAAGGAUACCAAUGGGCCGCACGCUCGUGUCGAACUGCUCACGGGCAACAAGGUCAUCACUAUCGACAAGGAGAAGCUGCGUCGAAGAAAUCCUGACGGUAGCCUGGAGGCCCUGGAGAAGUCGUUCGCCGCUAUGGCUCCUCCCCGAGCGGGCGGGUUCGGCGGCCAAACACCCAACCCAUACAACCAGGGUGGGCGGACACCGGCCUGGGGACAGACCGGGCGAACACCCAACCCCUACACCAACAGUCAGACACCGGCAUGGAUGGCGUCCUCGCGGACACCAAAUCCAUACGCGGAGGGCAAGACACCAGCAUGGGAUGCGACGGCGCGCACGCCAAAUCCCUAUACCCAGGGCGGCGGGAAGACGCCCGCAUGGAACUCGUCGUCGCGGACACCAAACCCAUACGCCAACGGCGGCGGCAGCUCCUCCGCGUGGGCCGCAGGGAGCGCGACGCCCGGCCGCUGGGACGCUGCGCCAACACCAUUCGCCGCGUUCACGCCCGGGGCUGCACCCACGCCCGCUCCGUACUCGUCAAUACAGACGCCGUUCGACUACCAGACGCCCGCGGGCGGUGCAUACCCACAGACCCCAGGGGUCAUGGGUGGGUCGUACGCCAACGCGGAGCCCCAGUUCGGUGAGUCCCCAGCCCUCCUCUCCGCGCAAAACGCCGUUGUUGACGUCGUGGACCUGCCGCGCCCCGCAGAGCUGCCGGCGAAAUGGCUGCUCGAGCCCGCGUUCGCGCAGAAGCGCGGGUCCGUCGUCGAGGCGCGCGGCACGUUCGGCAAGUGGCACGGCGGCGACUUCGAGGGCAAGCAGGGCGUGGUGCUGAGCGUGUUCGACACGCACAACGACGCGUUCGAGUCGACCGCGCGCGUGCGUUUCUUCAACCCCGUCGACCCGCUCACCCCGAUCCUGCCCGUGCCCGUGCAGUACCUCUGGCCGGUGCACCCCGAGCGCAACAACGAGAUCGUCGUCGUGCUCGCGGGCGCGAUGAAGGGCGCGGAGGCGCGCGUCGAGUCGCUCGAGCCGAACAACAUCAUGAUCGUCACGACGCUCGAGACGUUUCACGUCGUCGAGACCCGGAUUGACGAGCUCAUGCGCAUUUACGACAUCGAUGAGGUCGGCAACAGGCGGUGA